AUGGCCUCCUCAUGGUGCUGGAACUGCCUCUCCAGGCUGAGGCUAACACCGCAAGCACUCGCUCCGUCCGCAACACCCCGGAUUUCGAACGCCCCCUUUCAUUCCACCGCGCUGCGAUAUGCCAACCCGGUCAAGAAGAAGAACACUACUCUCAAUGUUCAAAAGCAUCGAGUGUCGGCUAGUAUCAAAAAGAAGAAGAAGAAGCCUGAGCAGCGUUCAAGUGGUGGUGGUGGUGGCCGUGCCAUGUCUCCCGCCGAGCGCAGGGCUCUUAAGAAACGCAUUGUCCUGAGCAACCCCAAUGCCCUUGAGGUUGAGAGCAUGGUGGAUCUCUCCGCGGAGACAAUGGUCGAUUCCCGCCUUCGUGGCACCGUCCUUGGCUUGCCCAUGCCCAUGAUUGAUCAAUUGAGAGCUGUGGAAGCAUUCAAGCCCAAGCAGGGUUGGUCUGUAUUCCGCCGCCCCGGAACUGUCCUCCGUCGCGAUACUAUUGAGAUGGGUCGUUUGAUCGAGCAAAUUUCUGGGGAGGGCGACAAGCCCCAAAAGGGCAAGGUUGUCAAGAAAAUUGUCAAUGGUAUGAAGGGCUCUGGAAAGUCAGUGCACCUGCUUCAGGCAAUGGCAAUGGCAUUCUUGAAGAAGUGGGUUGUUAUCACUGUCCCUGAUGCCCGUGACCUUGUGUGCGCCAACACUGCCUAUACCGCAGUAGAGGGCACCAAGCCUCUGCAAUAUAUCCAGCCGAAUGCAGUUUCAGCUCUGUUGGUUCGCACUGUUGAGGCUAACCGGGACCUCCUGGCCAAGCUGAAGGUGUCCCAGAAGCACCCGUCUUUGCCGAUGCUGCAGCCCGGAUCAACCCUCGAGGAUCUUGCCAAGCUUGGAUUCAACGACCCUGCCAUUUCCUGGGCUGUGUUCCAAGCUUUCUGGGCUGAGCUUACUGCCUCGGCCCCGGCUGCAGGACUUGAGAAGGACUUCGUGGCCCGCCCUCCUAUGCUUGUUACCGUUGAUGGUUUGGCCCACUGGAUGACCGAGAGUGAAUACCGCGAUGUCGACUACAACAAGAUCCACGCUCACGACCUAUACUUCGUCAAGCACUUCCUGUCUCUGCUCAAGGAAGGCGAUUCCUUGAAGAACGGUGGUCUCCUCCUCUACGCCACCUCCUUGUCAAACAACCCUAACCCUCUUGCCCUCAAAAUUGCCAUGGAUCGCUUGGCUGCUCACCAGGCUGGAAUCAGUGCCAACUCCCCCGAGUACCCCAACCCUGCUGCUUACAGUGGCGUUGAUGAGCGCGUCUUGGAAUUCUUGAAGCCUGCCGAGAAGGCCGCCAGCCCUCUGGAGUUGCAGAUUCUGGAUGGUAUUACUCGCGAUGAGGCCCGUGGCUUCUUCGAGUACUUCGCCCGCAGCGGUCUCGUGCGCGAUGCUAUCACUGAGCAAUGGGUUGGAGAAAGGUGGAGCUUGUCUGGUGGCGGGAUCAUCGGCGAGCUGGAGAAGCUUGGUCGUCGCUUCCGCGCUGCAUCUGCCUAA